AUAAUGGCUGUUUACAUGGGUUGUUGUGUAGAUUGAAAACAAGGAAGACCAACUAAUAUUUAAUUAUGUGACCUAAAGUUAAAGGGGUUUAAAAAAAGAAUAUUCUCAGGGGAUGAUAUUGACUUUUUUGGUUUAGGUCAAUGGGAUCUCAUAUACUGGAUAUUCUUCGCCAAGGGAUAUGGGCAUCUCUAACUGGAGGCUGGUUCUACGAUCCUCAACAGCAGGUUUUUUGCAACACUUUUCAUCUCUACCUAUGGGUGUUCCUUCUUGCUUUUCCUCUUAUUGUAUAUUCAACAUUAGAGGCUUCUAUAUUGGUAUGGAGCCUUUACAGUGUGGCAAUUGGAGUUUUGUUUGGCAUCAUCAAGGUGAUAAACUACAGGCUGCACCACUUAUUUGAUACUGGCGAGGCAGAAGAGGAGUUGCCUGCUGAGGAUGGUGAUAGGUCUGCCUCUGUGGAAAAAGAAGAAGAAGGAAAGAGUGGCGGGGACAGCAAAGAGAAUGAGUACAUUGAAAUGGCUAGCUUGGGUAACUUAUUGGCUGGCGGAGAUCAUGGUCGACCUCUGAGUACUGUUUCCUCUCAAUUAGAAAUGGGUAAAGAUUACUCAAAUGAGCCUUUGCCAUCCCCUGUUGUUGCCAGCCUAGCUCAAGGAGGUAAUACUUCACUACAGUCUAAAGCUCCAUUGGCCAAGUUGGAUGGUGAUGACAUCACAAUGGGAGGAUCAAGCAGAAUCUCAAAUAAGUUAGACAAUUCUAGCAGUGGGAAUGAUGAUGAAGAUUCUGCUGACCAAGAUGAAAACAUUCCUCACACCAUAACAACUCAGGCUGACAUAGAACCCAUGCCCAUUUGUUCUAGUGCUUCAGCAGAGGUCCAGUCAAUUGAACCAUCUAAAGCACAGAACUCAAAUGACCUUGGACAGGGGUAUAUUCUUGGAACUCUUGAAAUGGCCAAGCUGGUAGCAGCCAUGGAUGAACAAGGUAGUCCCCAUGCUACCUUGAAAAGAAAUGAGUCCCUGGAAAGUUCUAAGCCACCAGAUAGUUUACCUCAGUCAAAUUCAGGGACAUCUCUCGGGGUUGAAAAUCAUUUGAAACAAAGCAAGUGGAAAGCGUCUACGCAGCAUCCAAGUUGCAGUGGGGAAGCUAAAAGGUCAGGGACACCUAAAUUGAGGAUGAGAAAAGAACGUAAAGCUGUAAGGCGAAGCAAGAGCACAGCUGAGUGGUGCCCUCCUGCCAAAUCAGCAACUAAAGUAAAACUGUCCUCGCAAUCUUUAAACAUGCAUGAACAUUCUAAUCGCAGGGUACCUGUCCAACAGAUGUCUACAUCCAGUAAUAGUGACUGGUCAGAUGUUAGUAUUGGAGAGGUGGAGCUCCCUGACCUGUCCUCGACAUAUGAAGGUCAUAAUGAGCUGAUCCUUUCACUUAGCCAUCACCGUAAACUGAACUUGAGCACAGGGGAAUCAUCUGGCUCCACCCUAGUGGCCCAGGGACAUCAUGACAGGCCAGAUAGCCCUCAUCCUAACUCCAUCCAUUCUGUUCCCUACAGGUCCCGUAGCAGAACCUCUUCAUCCUCAUCUCCCUUACAUCAGGACUGUGUUCCCUACAUAUAUAACAUCUGGCCACACAAAAACGAGGAUGCUGACAGUGACUCAUUAACAUCAGGAGGGGCAGAUAUGUGCUCACACAGUACAGAGUCCAGUAGUUCAGCCAACAUAGAACCCCAUCUUACAAGCAUAAAGCCAGCCAAAGAUUUGGACUUGACCACACCCAGCAGCCCCUCUGCAGAAGAUUUGGCUUUCAUGCGAAGUCAAGGAGCUAUUCCAAAAAAAAUCAGGUCCAAAUCUGCUCGCCAGACCAAUCCACUGAAAGAAUCAACAAGUCCCGGCUCAACUGACUUGUCUGAUCCUGAGGAAAUAAGACGUCGACUCAUUGAAAUACUUUGGGACCCACAACAACAUAGUGAGGAACUUAAGCAGCUGCAACAGUUUGUUAAAAUGCAAAGAAGCCAGUCUGAGAGUAACACCACAAAAGAGAAACUUGAUGAUUCUCUAGCCCGAUCCAGUAAAGAAGAUGAAGGGAGAUCAGCAUUAAAAUUAGAAAGUCAAGAAGAAGAAAGAAAACCUGCAUUAACUCCCACUGAAUUCAGUGCGCUGUUACCGGCCAGCUCCCAACUCAAUCGUCCUACAAACAGACAGGCCAGGAGAAGACGCAGGCGCCACUCCAGUCAGCAAAAGAAACACUCAGAGUCUCCUCCAAUGGCAGCAUUGAAUCAGAUGGUUGGCGAGGAUGGUCACUUGGCUACAUCCCAUGAUGACACAACAGAUGGUGCAGUCCACUGGUUUCAGGAUGAACAGGGCAAUUGGAUGUCAUAUUCUUUUGGAGAGAACAGCUCUGGUGUUGCACUAAACAUAGCUGACUUAAAUAUGAAUACUAAUGCCAGCAGCUCUGUUGAGAGGCGACGUCACCCUCAUGAGGCAGACAAGUGGUCACUUUCCUCUAUAGCAUCUAACUCUACGGUUAUUGUUGAGGAAUCCCCUCAAAUAGAGAGCCCCAGUAUCCACCUUCGACCUGACAUGCGGUCCAUGACCAGUUUUCAAAUCAACAAUGAUGCUCACACUCUACAGACAUUACAGUCUAUACUGCGCAGAAAUCACGCCUCAAACUCAUCCACAGACAGUGACACGACUCACACUAAGACCCGGUCCAGUCGCAGUGCUCCUAAACCUAAGCAUUAUUACAAAUUCUGGCUAUGGCCCACAAAACAGUUUCUAAAAAUACAUUUUGAUCGUCUUGCACUUUUAGCAGCAUUAGAUAGGAAUAUAUCUGUGAUAGAAAAUGUGAUCUCCAUACUUAUGGCUGUUGGUGUUGGUGCACUGGGCGCCAUGAUGAUCUCCUCAGAUUUCUACCAUGACUUCUUCCUUCUCCUCUUCUGUUUCAUCAUGGCCAGCUGUCAGUAUAGCUUGCUAAAGAGUGUGCAGCCUGAUGCCGCAUCACCAAUGCAUGGCUACAAUCGACUGAUUGUCUUUAGCCGUCCUUUCUAUUUCUGUGUGUGUUGUUCCAUAGUUCUUCUUCUACAGUAUGGCAUUCAUAUAGUCCACAACAAACCCAUCUAUCUGUAUGGCAUUCCAUUCACAAUCUCUUCAGCUCUGACAUUCCUUCAGAACUUUUUCAAAAUAUUUAUCCUAUUUUUUCCUGUGUUAUUUACUCUGGGACUUUUGCCUCAAGUCUCAACAUUUCUAAUGUACAUGUUAGAACAAAUAGACAUGCAUAUAUUUGGUGGCAAUGCCACUACCAGCUUAUUCACUUCCUUUUACUGUGUAUGCCGUAGUUGCAUGGCCCUUCUUAUUUUAUAUGGAUUCUCAUAUGCCUCACUAAAGGGCAUAGGUGGCUCAGAGUACCAGUGUGACAGUAAUAUUGAGGAAGCAGCUCAGAAUGUGCCUUUUUCCAUUCUCUGUGGUCUCAUUGUGUCCACAGCUUACCACCUAAGUAGAUCUGCUAGUGAUCCGGGUGUCUUAUGGAUGCUUUUGAAUGGAGUUUUAACACAUAAAAAAGAUGAGAUCAAAAUACAAAAAGAAACAGAAGUAAGUGGGGAAACUACAGAACUUGUUGAUCCUUUGCCUGCCAAGCUCAAGACUUGUUUGAUUCAGCGGUUACAGUCUGAUGUGUUGGUCUGCAUUGCAGUGACUAUCUUGACAUUUGCUGUUCAUGUCAGCACUGCAUUCACAAGUCCAGCACUUCAGCCUGACCUCAGUGAUGCAUUGUACCUGUUAGCAGCCAGUGUUGGUUUCCUUGUCCAUUACAUUAUUCCUCAAACCAGAAAAGAGAUGCCCUGGCUUUGUUGUUCCCAUCCUUUGUUACGUAGUAAGGAAUGGAUGUAUUAUGAAGUGAAAGAACCACCAAAAGUUAUUUGGAUAGAACAGCUCUACCUAGGCCUGAGGUUUUUUGAAAGGAAUAUUAUAUAUACUGUUGUCUGUUUAUGUGCAACCACUACAUCUGCUCCAAUAAUCAUUUGCAAGUUUGGAAACUAUGCUGGACCAGUUAUCAUCCUAAUCUGCAGUCUCAAAAUGCUGCGGUUUGCCUUCUCUGAUACUCCUAGACAAUACCUGAUCAUUGCCUUUACAUAUUUCUUCUUCAAAUAUGACUUUAGGUGGUCUUCAGAGACGUUCCUCAUUGAUUAUUUUUUUAUUUCCAUUUUUUUCUGUAAGUUUUGUGAUUUCAUGUUGAAACUGAGUUUUAUCAUCACUUACAUUGCUCCAUGGCAGAUCACCUGGGGCUCAGCUUUCCAUGCCUUUGCUCAGCCUUUCAGUGUACCUCAUAGUGCAAUGUUAUUCCUGCAAGCCACUGUGUCUGCUUUAUUCUCUACCCCCUUAAAUCCAUUUCUAGGAAGUGCCAUAUUUUUUACAUCCUAUGUUAGACCAGUCAAGUUUUGGGAAAGAGAUUACAACACCAAACGUGUUGAUCACACCAACACAAGAUUGGCAUCUCAGUUAGAAAGAAAUCCAGGAGCAGAUGACAAUAACUUGAAUUCCAUAUUUUAUGAGCAUUUGACUAGAUCACUGCAGCACAGUCUAUGUGGGGAUCUGCUGCUUGGUCGCUGGGGGAACUACACUCAGGGAGAUUGUUUUAUCAUGGCUUCUGACUACUUGAAUGCAUUGGUGCACAUUAUUGAAGUGGGCAAUGGACUUGUCACUUUUCAGCUUAGAGGUUUAGAGUUUAGAGGUACAUAUUGCCAGCAGAGGGAAGUUGAAGCUAUAACAGAAGGAGUAGAUGACAAUGAAAGGUUUUGUUGCUUUGAGCCUGGCCACCUUCCCCACUUUCUGUCUUUGAAUGCAGCCUUCAACCAGAGGUGGCUGGCUUGGGAAGUUGUGGUCUCCAAGUACAUCCUGGAAGGCUACAGUAUAUCAGACAACAGCGCAGCCACUAUGUUGCAAGUAUUUGAACUCAGGAAAGCUCUUAUCACCUAUUACAUUAAGAGCAUUAUUUACUAUACCGUCCGAUCACCAAGGCUGGAGGAAUGGGUGGACAAUCAAUCCAUUAGACAGGCUCUUCAUGCCAUGGAGGAUGACAACUAUGUAGACUUGGACCCCACCUUCAAUCUGCAUGUGGAUGAAGACUAUGACUUCCGGCAACAGGGGAUCUCUCGCACUAGUUUUUGUCACAUCUACUUGACUUGGAUACAACACUGUGCCAACCGUAGACACAAGGAAAUUGAUAAUACCAAACCCUCCAUGCUAGUCACUUUGUGUUACGCUCUUAGCCUGCUGGGUCGUCGUGCUCUCAGUGCUGCAUCCCAUAAUUCCACAAGACCGCAUCAAAAAUAUAUGAUGAACGUAGAUUUCUUUUUGUUUGGCCUGCAUGCACUAUUUAAAGGAGACUUCAGAAUUCAGUCUCAGAGAGAUGAGUGGGUAUUUGCAGACAUGGACAUGAUGAGACGGGUGGUAGCCCCUGCUGUUCGCAUGUCUCUUAAGCUUCAUCAGGAUCAUUUCACUUCUCCCGAUGAGUACGAUGACAGCCAGGUACUGUAUGAUGCUAUCACUGAACACGAGUCCAACAUGGUCAUCUCACAUGAAGCUGAUCCUGCCUGGAGGAAUGCUGUCUUGUCAAAUGUCCCAUCACUCUUGGCUUUAAGACAUGUCUUUGAUGAAGGCUCAGAUGAAUACAAGAUUAUUAUGUUAAAUAAAAGAUACUUGAGUUUCAGAGUAGUUAAGGUCAAUCGUGAAUGUGUCAGAGGCUUGUGGGCAGGGCAACAGCAGGAGCUAAUAUUCUUAAGAAACCGUAAUCCAGAAAGAGGCAGCAUUCAAAAUGCCAAGCAGGCCCUUCGCAACAUGAUUAAUUCUUCCUGUGACCAGCCUAUCGGCUACCCAAUUUAUGUGUCCCCACUGACCACAUCCUAUUCAACCACACAUGACCAGCUGGCUAAUGUCCCAGUGAUAGGGGGAGAGUUUAAGUUCAGUGCUGUGCGCUGUUUUUUUACAUCCCUUUGGAACAGAAUGAGGCAGCGUUGUGAUGCUACCUGUGCAGGCGGCAGUGCAUCCUUUGAGUUGGAUCUACCAUACACCGUCAGUCAUCAAAUGGCUGCUGCAACUAUUGGCUCCACUCCUCGUCUCACUAUGAAUACACAGCAAAUUGACAUUCCAUUGCAAACACUUGGCAACCGGGGGAGUUUGAUCUCCACUGCAUCUUCUGCCAGCAAAGUCAACACACUUGCAUCCCUUGCCAAUCUAACAAGUUUGAUCAAUGACACUUCUCUCAAGGACAACUUGCCCCAUAGGGUCAGAAUUGUAGAUCCAACCCUUGUCUAUGACACAAUAAAUCUUGGACGUCGUGGUGAUGUGUUAUGGCCAAAUGAGGACUGGCGAGUUGCAGGUGGCAAGAGUGGAUGGAAAGACUGGACUCCUAAAAAGGGUAUGGAGGGUACAAUAGUUCAUCAGUGGACUCCUGGCAACACCGAGCCUACCAGAAGAUCUAACUUAGAGAAGACAAUAAUCCUAGUGCAGUUCAAAGAUCACUUUGUUCCUAUAGCAGAGAAUGGAGUUUUAGAUUUGGGUGCUGAAGUCUGAGCUCACAUAUGAUAGUCUGAUUAACUUAGCUCUCAUAGCCUUGCAGAUGGCCUAACUAUACAACUUUCUUUCAAUCGUGUUCAUCUCCAAGAGCUUAAAUUUCGCUCAAAACACCCAAGCAAAUGGUUAUGUGUUACAUUGCAGUGUUGGCACUGCCAUUCUGAGUACCUUUAUUCACUUCACAUAUCAACAAAUACAUGGCUGCAUACUUUUGCAUGUUGGAAACUGAUUAGUGUGAAUUUAAAACAAAUCUCUACUUGAAGGUAAUUUUUAAAAUAAAAUGUAAUAAGUGAUAGGAAUGUUUUAAGACUAUUUGAAAAUACAAGUUUUGAAAAAAUAGAAAACAAUUUUGUUCAGUAAUGAAUUAAAUACAGAAAUGUAUGGGUCAUUUGUUGUUUGCACCAACAAAUACAAAGUUUUUUUCUGUUUUGUUAAUGGGAAACUGUUUGUCUCAUUGUUGUCUCUGUUAUCCACCACAAAUGUAAGUCAGUAUACAUUGUUUAACCAUAUCACUAGGGUGUUUAUAGUUCAGGAAUGUGCAAUGUCCCUGUAUAAGUGGCAAUGUACCAAGAUACACUCCCCCACACUAUGGCUAGUCACAAUGCCAGUUAUAAAACUCUUAUGAUUGCAAAUUGAUAUUGUGUAUAAGUGAAUGCAGCAUACUUUUUGACUUUGUUUUAAAAAGUCUUUAAAUCAAAUAUUUAUUUGGCAGAAUAGUUUUGAAUGGAUGGGUAUCUUGAAAAUAUCUAAAGCUAUAUAUAUAUAUAUAAAUGAGAAUUGUGUAGUUUGUUGAACUAUAAAAAUGGAAUGAGUUGGCAUUGAACAGUUAUAGAUCUUUGUCCAACUCAUUUAAUCAUGUGCUUUCCACACCAAUGAUCACAUCCUGUACUUUUUUUUUUUUUUUUAAAGAUUGAACUAGAAAAUAUUUUUUUGACAGUUUUUCAUAAAAGUCCCAUAAAAAUGUAACAAAAGUUUACUUACUAGUGACUGCAGUCAAAUGAAGCUGCCCUGGCAACAGAUACUACAGGGAGUACCUAAAUUGAUCACAUUGCUCUCAAAUACUUAUAAUAUGGUGUACAUGUAUUACACUCAAUUGCCAAAGCUUUUAAGGGAGAUUGAAUUUAAAGGAACAUAUAAAUAAAUAAAGAAAAAAUAGUGCUUAUGAGAUGUAUAUUAUUUGAACAUUCUUUCCAGUUAUCAUAACUUCAUUGCCUGUCAAUGUUAUGUCAAUCAUUUUAAUACUAUUUCUUUGUGUGUGAGCAAAACUGUACCCUGUUUUAUAUAAAUAUAAAAUAAUUCAAGUCAUAAUGAUGUGUGAACAAAUGUGAUAGCAUGUAUAUGAAGAGUAUCAAUGGUGCUGCAAUGAGUUGCUGUCUUGUCUUUGUAAAUAGACUUAUUUAUAAUUAUUAGAACUUUUGGUAGUUGUGGUUCAAUGAAAACUGUAUCAAUAGAGAUCAUCAGGGUGAAGACAUUGAACUAUGGUAAAUAUUUUUGUAAUAACAUUAUGUUGAUGCUCUGUUACUGUAAUACAGUUUUUGUCUGUUUCAAAAUAAAGUUACAUUCCUAUGCCUA